UGCUUGUUUACAAGGCUCUGACCUGAUGAGAGCUGCCUAGGCCAGGGCGCUGUCAUCUGUCUACUUGCUGUGGCUUGGCUUCCACGGGGGCCUGGCUGAGGGGUACAGCUGUGGACAGGGAAGUUCAGCCAAGGCUGGACCGGCACAGAUGCUCCAAAGCUGUGUCCAUGUGUACUGGGCUCCCACAUCUGCCUCUGAGUGCGCACAUCUCUGUGUGCGUCUCCCCCAGCCUUGUCCUGUGUCUGAGUCUGUGCCUAUGUGUCUGUGUCUGAAUUCCGGUCUGUGUCUCCAAUUCUGUGUUUGUGGCCUGUGGACAUCCCUGUCCUGUGUCCCAGCCCGCGCAUGCCUUUGUCUGGGGUGUUUGGGUUCAUAUUUUAACAUGUGCCCUGAUGUUGUGUGUGUUUCAUUCGGUGUGGGCCCAGGUGGCCCAGGCUGGGUGGUCCUCCCUCCCGAGCCCCUCCUCCAGCCUGCGCAGCCGCCUGCUCUGGAGCUGCAGCCUCCUCCCCGCCCUGAGCUCUUGGCUGCUGAACUCGCUGCUCCUGCUGCUGCUGCGUCUGGUCUGGCAUCUGCUGAGUCGGAGCUGCCGCCACAGCUCCAUCUCGACUCUGUGCGGGGACGGCCAGCCCCAGCCGCAGCUGCCUCUCUGCCCUCCCUGCUGAGGGUUAGGGUCUCCUCAAUCCUACCACCCAAGGACAUUUUGGAGGGUUACAGCAUGGAGUCUCUCUUCCCUGCCCCAUUCUGGGAGGUCCUCUACAGCAGCCACCUUCAGGGAAACCUGUCCCUUCUGAGCCCCAACGACAGCGUGCCACCCCAUCUGCUGCUCAAUGCCAGCCACAGUGCCUUCCUGCCUCUUGGGCUCAAGGUCACCAUCGUGGGGCUUUACCUGGCUGUGUGCAUUGGUGGGCUGCUGGGAAACUGCCUCGUCAUGUACGUCAUCCUCAGGCACACAAAGAUGAAGACAGCUACCAAUAUUUACAUCUUUAAUCUGGCCCUGGCAGAUACCCUGGUCCUGCUCACGCUGCCCUUCCAGGGCACAGACAUCCUUCUGGGUUUCUGGCCAUUUGGGAAUGCCCUGUGCAAGACAGUCAUUGCAAUCGACUAUUACAACAUGUUCACCAGCACCUUCACGCUGACUGCCAUGAGUGUGGACCGCUAUGUGGCCAUCUGCCACCCGAUCCGUGCUCUUGACAUCCGGACAUCCAGCAAAGCCCAGGCUGUCAAUGUGGGCAUCUGGGCCCUGGCCUCUGUGGUUGGUGUUCCAGUUGCCAUCAUGGGCUCUGCACAGGUGGAAGAUGAAGAGAUCGAGUGUCUGGUGGAGAUCCCAUCCCCCCAGGACUACUGGGGUCCUGUGUUUGCUGUCUGCAUCUUCAUCUUCUCCUUCAUCAUCCCUGUCCUUAUCAUCUCUGUCUGCUAUAGCCUCAUGAUCCGGCGGCUCCGUGGUGUCCGCCUGCUCUCAGGCUCCCGAGAGAAGGACCGGAACCUUCGGCGCAUCACACGGCUGGUGCUGGUGGUGGUGGCUGUGUUUGUGGGCUGCUGGACACCUGUGCAGGUCUUUGUCCUGGUCCAAGGCCUGGGUGUUCAGCCGGGUAGUGAGACCACCGUGGCUAUGUUGCGCUUCUGCACAGCCCUCGGCUAUGUCAACAGCUGUCUCAACCCCAUCCUCUAUGCCUUCCUGGAUGAGAACUUCAAGGCCUGCUUCCGAAAGUUCUGUUGCACAUCCGCCCUGCACCAGGAGAUGCAGGUGUCUGACCGUGUGCGCAGCAUUGCCAAGGAUGUGGCCCUUGGCUGCAAGACCUCUGAGACAGUACCACGGCCCGCAUGACUAGGCGUGGACCUGCCCAUGGUGCCUGUCAGCCCUCAGAGCCCAUCUACUCCGAACACGGAGCUCACGCAGGUCACUGCUCUUUAGAAUGACACCCGAGCCUCAGCUUCUGAAGCCUUGAGCAGCUUUCCCUUUGGCCCAGGGAUGCUUGGCCCCAGGGGAGGACCUGGUGACAUCAUGGGACAAGUCAAAGCAUUAGGGCUGCCUGCGUGUCCUCUGUUGGACUAAAGCUGGCCUCCUGGAUCAGGACCAGAGGAUGCAAGGACACUGCCUGGAAGUACCAUUGCAGUCUUGGUGAACUCUGUGGAUGCAUCUGCCUGGGGCCUGCGUUCACACUGCUUCACAUGAUUUCCCCACCUUCUGGCUCAGCCAGCUGAUCUGUGUGCUCUCAGUGGCUCCUGCCAGAGGUGGAACAGCCCUAAAGCUGUGUGUACACUCUGCUGCAUGCAGUCUACAUGGCAGGGCUCCAGCUGCCCUCAGCUUUGCAUGUUUCCUUAGGUCAGCCAGACAGGCUUGGCACUGUCCAGGAACAAAGUGGGUAGCAUUUCUUUGGUGUGGCACUGUCCCUGAGCCUGGAGCUGUCCCCUAGAGCACCUGCCUAUUCUGACUUUAUCUGUGCAGCCAGGGUUACCCUAGUAGGGUUAUCAGUCCCCAGCUGAGGCCUCAGGUGGGUCCUGAGCCCAGUGCUUUCUGAAGGUUCUCUUCCUGCUGCAUAGUGCAGCCUAUGGAUGUGGACCUGCCACCCAGUUGUUGCUUGCUUUGCCUGACCUUGGCUUGGCCCUAGGCCUGACUUCUGCUUCCCUUCAGGAGCCCACAGGAGGCCUGGCUCUUGGAACCUGUGGUCUCCAGAAGUGCGAACUAUCAUGCAUAGACCAUGCAGCGAGCUCUGCUUCUUGGGAAGCAGAGGUGGCUGAGGAGGAAGGUCCCAGGUGACUUCCAUGGGCUGCUCUGUUGCUCACAAAUCAGAGGCUCUGUGUGCCUGAUCCUGACUGCUUGUUCAGGGCAGGGUAGGGGAACAUGCUCUGUCCAGAGGGUCCCAUGACCUCCCAGAGCCUCUCCCUCACAGUCUCUGCUCUGCUUGAAACCAGGGCCCAGCAGGGGCCUGGAUACAGCUGGAAGGAGGCCUAGUACCUUGGGAAGGGUGGCAGUUGAGAUGUACUCUUUCCACACCCCCAGUGACUGCCUGCUGCACUUAGCAGCCUCUGGGUAAGGCCUGAGCUUGCUCCCAAAUCAGAGAUUGGCUUCACACGCCCAGCUGGUGUGAAGGGUGGGGUUUGGCAGGGCUGACUUGAGCCAAGCUGCAAGGACUGUCUGUGCUUUGGGGGCAUUGGGAGAGUCUCUGUACCUUGGGAAUUCCCUGCUGUGCUCACCUAGAAAAUCAUACAGUGUUGCAAAUGCUCUUCCUCUGACGAACUAUUGAGAUACCUGCAACAUUGGAAAGACUAUUCUUCCACUGAAAUCUUGGUCACGGGACCUCAAGAGACAUGGGCCUGGGUCAGGCUUCUGUCUUGGGGAGCCCUGGCCACAGGGCUUGUUCCCGGGGAUGCUGGACUCUGUGAUGCCUGUGACAGGAGCCAUCUGGGUUCAGUGCUUCUUGCCAAGGUUGAAAGCUUUGUGAAUUUGUGCUGGUGUAACAUGCCUCUUUACAUAUUUCUGCAUGUGAUGUGUAUCAUUUCCCAUGCAUGUAGCCAGCCUGGAACCCAUCUCUGGGGGUAAGGAAGGAGGGCCAUAAUAAACACUUGUUCACUGACUGG